AUGAAGCGAGGGCGAGUAGCGACUCGCGGUUCGACGCGCCAUGCGCUGAGGCGUAAGAACGUAGUAGUGGAUGAAGACGAUGAGGAAGAAGGAGAGGAUAUGCGUCAAGAAGAGGAAGAGGAAGAGGAAGAAGAAACGAAGAAGACGCCACCGUUAAAGUUGACGCGUGCGCAGACCAGGAAACAGGAGGAAGAGGCCAAAAAGAACAGAAAAAAUGGCAGGAAGAAGAGAAAAGAGGAAAGAGAAGAAGAAGACGAUGAAGAUGAUGAAGAAAUGGAGGAAGAUGAAGAGGAGGAAGAGGACGAGGAAGAGGAAGAAGAGGAAGAGGAGGAAGAGGCUGACGUUGAGGAAAGACACAGAGGGACCCGCGAACGUAGAAGCAAUAAACCGCAAUUAAGAGGAACACAACGUCCUUUGAGAAAGAAACAGCGAUGCAAGAUCAUUGUUUCGGAAGACGAAGAGGAGGAGGAAGAGCAAGAAGAGCAAGAAGAGCAGGAAGAGCAAGAAGAGGAAGAAGAAGAAGAAGAAGAAGAGGAAGAGGAAGAGGAAGAGGAAGAGGAAGAGGAAGAGGAAGAGGAAGAGGAAGAAGACGAGGAAGAGGAUGAUGAUGAAAUGGCGAAGAAAGCGACACCUCAGAAAAGAAAGAUGCAAAUGCGAAAUGGAGAGAAAAUGGCCAUGCUGGGGCGAAAGACGAGGGCAAAAAUAGUUGCGGCGUCGGGAAGUAAACAUCCGACAAAAAUAGUAAGACGACAAAUUCAGAAGAAGGCUGAAGAGAGUACCGAAAGUGAGGGACAGGAAGAGCAAAGUCAGGAGGAAAGUGCCAAGAGUGAAAGUAAGGAAGAGGACAAAUUGGGAAGUGAACCGUCUUCUGCAGCUACGACGCCGUCGUCAUCUCCUGCGAAGCGCAAGGGAUUGUCAAUUAACACACUGGUGAACGAUGCAGAUGAGGAGGAAGACCAUGUCGAGCAAGCAGAUGUUAGCAUGACAUUAGCACCGGCAUCCGCGUUAAAUGCUGGAACGAAGAAUGCUACUGAAGUUCCAGAUCAACACUUUCGUGAGGUGCUGAGUAAAGCCACUUCCGCGCCAAAGUUAAUGGAGGUUAUGACAGAAGCAUGUGGCCGGCUGGUCCGAGAGGGGAGGCCACCAAGCCGACUAUUUUCUGUAUGCUUGCUAGGUGCUGUGAAGGAAGACCCUAAGAGAUUUAAACAUCCUGCGAUGCUCAAGUAUCUGCUGCGGUUACUCCGGUCGAAGCACUACAUAGGAAUGAAAGAUUCAUCCGAGCACGGCACGACCACUUCACUGGUACCAGGACACCUUCCCGGACCAGCAGAAUAUAUUCAUCUGUCGCUUCCUGUAUUGGUGACAAACCUUUUAGUACAGAUAAUGAAGGAUCUUGACGAGUGGCCGAUUGAUAGCGUUAAAGUGUUUCUGGACGAUUCACUUUACUCUCGAGUCUGGGUCGACCACGAGCUAAGUCAGCUCUUUGUCCAAAAUGUGAAAACAGUGCUAGAAUCGGAAAACGGUGGUCAGCAAUUUGCUCAACCUCUGGUUCGACAACGUUUUCAGGGCGUUACAGUGAUGCAGGAGAUGAGAGAACUUAUCACCACUCACAUUCGGUCACGUCUUGUGGAGCUGGAAAAGGAGCGAUCAGGUAGCGUGGGUGGAGCUCCUGGUGCUGGUGGCAACCACGCUGUUCGAAACAUGAUCAUGACGCUUGCAGAAUGUGCCAGUAUCCCUCAGGUGAGACUAUUUGGUGCCGAGAAUCUGGAAGCUUGGCUGCAAAACCCGUCUGUUAAAGGCCCUGCUAAAGAGUUGCUGAACAAGAUUGUCUCGCUCUGCAAAUCGACAAGCUCCAUUGAUACUGCUACGGUGGACUUGCUAUUGAAGUUAAAGCUUAAGUCGACCAUGUUCCAACUGAAGGUUGAAGCCAUUACCCAUAUUGUAUGCAAUCAUCCCGUAUAUUUGAAGCGUGCACUAUCAAUGUUCAUUGCCCAGGAGCGCCCCAAUAACAUGUCGAGAGAUGUGGACAACAUGAAAAUGCUCCAGCACAUCUUCCGAGCAUCGCGCUCGACGUCUGCUUCCUCAAUCCUGGGUAGCUCCGACGAUUUGUUUUACCGUCGCCCGAUUGAGCACCAAGGCACUCUCGCCAGUCGAGAAUUGGCGCGUGUAUUUCGAGAAAUGGCCAGCAUUUCUGACGUAACUCCUGUGCUGAAAACUAUCGUUAGGAAGAUUCUCAAGCAACUGACAUUCGAACAAGUUGACAUUAAGGCGCUGUGCGUUGGAAUUCUCGAUAACGAUGGUCACUGGGAUGCGUUAGCCGGCGAUGCGCGUGUCUUAGACUACAUGGGACUCGUCACUGGGGUCGUAUGGCUAAUUUUGCUCAUGCGAGGAGCAGCCGUAAAGAGCCUUCAAAUUCAGCAAUCCAAUGCCGUGAAUCGCCAAAGCACCGGGUCGGCUACUCUCGCCUCGUCAGGUCUCAAGCAUGGUGGUACACAAGCUAUCUCUCGUCGUGGAGCUAACCCGCCGCUUCCACUAUCUCGAGCAAACAGGCUUGGUCCUUUAAAAGCCAAGCAGUCACUGAGCAAGUCGUCGCUUUCAUCAAGUCACGCUGCGGUUGGCAGUGGUUUCGGUGUCCCAAGUAGCCAAGGCCAAAGUGGAAAUAAUGGCAGCAAUGGUGGUGGCAGUGUAGUGUCUGAAGAGUCCAAAACGGUGAAAAUUUCUGUAUGGGCAAAGGACGAACUGCAGCAAGCACUUGCUUUCGUGCAGCGAGAGGCAAUACUUUGUUGUCGUGACGUGUUAACGCACUUUGGGCUCAACGGUGACUCACCCUUUGAGAAAACGCUCUACGAAGGCAUUGUGAAAAAGCUGCUUUUUCUCGAUAUACCUCCAGAUGUGCAACCAACAGAGCACGAUCGGACCUGCUUUCAGGCAACGCAGGAGGAUAUUCCUGUUCACCCAGACUCACUGGAACUGCUUACAAGCCUUUAUAACUCUUGCAGAGCAAUUGACCGCAUGGAGGCCCUCCGCACCUUGGAGACAGUCGUUUUCCGCGGAGCCGAGGCUCAUAUGCACCGCGAGACUCUGUGGCGUCAUCAUGCAGACGAGCUUACCUCGUAUACUCAGAAUGGCGGCGUGCUUGGCAUUGAAGUGAACGGUAGUCAGUUCGCUCAGCACUUACUGAAACUGGCGUCGUGGCAAGGCGGAGGGGACAAGCAAGAACAGGAAUUUUGCCAUUCGAGCCGCUUUUGGAUUUGUUGCUCCAUUUUGCUGGUCGUUGGAUGCUUCAACCCCAACACCGUCGGCGCUUUCUUAUGGGAGGAGUUUCCAACUUUGCGAGGAUUGAUGCAGAUGGUCAUCACCGAAAGAUAUACGUUUCCUGCUAUAAGCACCCCCGAUCCGUUACUACUCGGCAAGCACGGAGCUACAUUUCCUGACUUGAUCCAAGGCAAUAUACAGUUACGGGACUACGAGCAGCAGCUGCUUCAGCUCAACCAAGCAGAUUUGUCCGUGACGGGGGAUCCCUUGAUGCUGUUUGAUGCCAGCGGACUGGCACGCCAACCGCCACCAGCGAUUUUGGACCACUUACGUACCCUGGACCGCAAGUUUAAGCUUGGCAUGCGACUUCGGCAGAGUCGAAAGAAAGAUUUCCUCAUGGAGAUGGUUGCCGGAAGUGAUGCAAAAAAUGAACUGCAAAAUGCCAACCCGGCGGGUGCUGCUGCGAGUAGUGCGUGGUGGAUCGCAGAUCUCGUUUGCGAGGACUUCAAUACUAUGCAGUACCUACCACACGAAUGCUUAUGCCAACUGCUUCUUCUUGCUCUACGACAGAGCAACCCGAACAACCAUGCAGACUUACAAGGACAAGUCUCGCUAAACCAGCCUGCUUUGAUUCAAAUCACCCCACGCCUACUGAAAAAACUACGCGAUUACCUUGCUGAUGACAGCAGUAGCUCAUCGAAUGUCGUUCUAUUUUAUCUGGAGUGCUUGAAUUCCCGUGAGCUGGCUACGCGACGAGUAGCUAGUCGUAUUUUGUAUUUGCUGACGGCGCCUGGCAGUGUUGAUGACGUAUCAGUGGAGAUUCGUGAGGUCGUUGUUACAUUUGGUCCAGAAAGUAACCUGAGCUUUUUGUGGCUUUAUGAACUGGCAAAGUUCUCAUGCUAUAGCAGCAUUCGUAACAAAAUUUUCCGCUGUCUGGAAAAUCUGCUUGAGUUGGAAGCAUCGAUCCCUUCACUUGGUACUUGCAUGAAAGCACUGCAUGACUUCUCGAAAAAUGGGAGCGACAUAUCGCCCAGCAUGAACUCAUCCGAAAAUAUGAAACAGGAUGGUGAUAACAAUCCCCAGAAAAUAAAUGUUAAGCAAUCCCUGCUACUAGCUGGGGCGUAUGGACGACUUCUUGCUGGCCGUGGUAUGGUCGCAACAGUGCUGCUUAAGGACUACGACAUUUACGCCAUUACACUGGAGGUGAUAUGGCGUGCUAUCGAAACACAACUUGAAAUUGCUCCGCAGCUUAAGGCCACCUUGGGUAUCAGCUUUUCAGACUGCAAGGUUUUCUACGUGACCGACGGAACAAAUGCUAUCCGCGAGAUAAAACUUCCACUCACGAUUAUUCAUGGUGCCAUUCGGGUACUCUGCUCGCCACACGCACAUAACGAGCUAUCUACAUUUGACAGCAACGGAACUGCUACCUGUUUAGCAAAGUUAACGCAGAGCUUGUUCCCGAAACCGACGGCGAAUACUGCUAUCUUGUCUAGCACGGGCCUUAUCGCAACAAAGGAUCCGCGAUUGUAUCCAGACCAUUUGCUGAUCAAGCUCGCAGCAGCAGCUUCUACUACAACGUCGCACCUUUGUGGUACGGCCAUUCGCGCCAUGACGACUGAUACGCUAUGGAAUCUUCUCGAGCAGUCUGCCCUGAGUGAGCAAUGCCUUGAGAUGGCAUUGCGUUCAAUUCUCGAGACAACUAAAAAAGAUGAAAGUAAAGCCAUCGCUAGCUUGCUCGCGGCGAUGAAAACAUCAGAUAUCUCAGUUGCAGCGAGGGCUGUAUUAAUGCAAAUAAGCGCUUAUGAUGCGAUGGACUCACUCACGCCUGCUGUGGUAGAGAAACUGAAGUUGCUGCGUGAGUGGCUUCAAGACCAAUGCGGAGCGAAGGGUAGCAUGUUAACCGACGAAGAUGAUGAAGAAGCACAUUUGCUAUCUGAAGGAUUUACCACAUUCAAGAUUAAAGCAUCUGAGCCUAGUGCCACACCUCAUAUGUUUACGUUUUACGCAGAAGGGAUGGAAGAGGUGCCCAAGGUGGAGCCAACACAACAACCAAUUCCUGAGCGCCCGAAGACUGAUAUGACGAUUUUCCAGGAUACCUACUUCAUUCCAACUCACCAUCUGCAUUCAAAGAAAGAUGUGGCAGCGUCUGACGACAGUGUGUCCUUGCUCACCGGUUUAAUGAAGGAGCUCAAGCGAAGCUCUAGUUCAGGAUCUUUGCCGGCCAUUAUUGCCCCUGAAAACUUCGUAUUAGCCACAAGCCAAGCAGUGCGACGGUCUUGCCCAACGAGUGAGGACACUAUCACGCAUUCUGCAGCUAAUACGUGGAGUUUACUCAUGUCAUUGCUGCAUUUUGCGCGGUCGUCUUGCAGCUCUGAAGCUGCCGCAGCUCAGCUAGCCAAGGCGUUACUAGAAGUUGUAGGCCACUUACCAACCUGCCCAAGCGUUUCUCACCGCAAGGAAUGCAUUGGAUUCGUACGACGCGUGCUGGACAACCUCAGCGAAACGUUUACUGGUUCGUACUCUGCUUCUGUCAGCUUUAUCCAGUAUUUGUCACAGGCCUCCACGACUGAGGGGCUUUACGAACUUGAAGAUCCGUCGGUGAUGCCGGACGUUUUUGCCGUUCUGCAGUCGGUGGUACAGUUUAUCGACCGAAUUUUUGCGUGGUGGAAAAUGCAUGGUAUUACUCUUCGUUUGAAUGCUAUGGCACUUCACAGCUUGGUGGUGCUCGUGAAAGAAGUCGAGGUACUUCAGCGCCUUCAAGUCAAUUAUACCGGAAACGUUUAUAGGACUUAUGCCACGGGACUCUUGACAAGCAUAGCGCACGAUCAAGGUGACGUUAGUAGGAUGCUAAACCUGUUGGACCCUAUCAUGACUGCGGACCCGCACCUUGGAUACAUCAGUGGCAUUAUUUCUAUACAUGCAGACGUCAAGCGAGACCUCGUCGGAGCGCUGUACUUCCAGAACCCCACGCUAGUGGCUGGACUUCUGGGUGAGCUGAAUCCAGACUGGGAGUCGUUUGUCAAUUUUGAUGCUAGUGUAGACCAGCAGCAUGAUCUGAUCAUUCAGGACCGCGGGUUACUGUCUCAGGUGGACGAUAUUCUGCAUGAUCUGACGAAAGAUGGAAGUGGGGUCAUGGAACGAUUCCGUGAGCUGACCCGGUCUCACCCCAUGUUGGUGCUAUUACGUUUCCCUCGGCAGCUCAUGCAGCACUUUGGCACUGUCUCGCUGUCGCAGCUUUACCUCAAAACAACAUUCUUUCAAAACAUUCUAGGCGCAAUGCAAAUCAUGCGGCCCUACAUGCGCCAUCAGCAAAGCGUGAUGAAACCAUUUUGUCAGUUCUUGUUCGAGAUCCUGCGUGUGAUAGUCGACCACAAUGCUGUUGAAUUCCGCCGACUCGUAUCUCACACGUGGGAGUUUUUCUACGAUGCGCUGGAGGCAGACUUCGAUCUUGCGAGUGAUCUGAUCUUCUCGGAACCGCGUAUCGUAUUAUUGGAAAGCAUUGUCAACAUGUAUGAGUCGCACCCGGAGACAGUGGCAUUUGGAAAAGUCUUGGCACAGCGUCACAAUGAAUCGAGCUUGCAUGCGACGCUAGAAUCAAUUCGAACAGAACGUAGCAAGCAUCAGUCAGCAGCGAGCCAGCAACACCAGAUUGAGCAGCUGCUGACUCUAAUUGAAAGUCAAGACUCCAUGCUUGCUUCAGGUGGUAAGCCGUUGCCGGAACAUACCAACAUGACUACCAUUACCCAAGGACUGCAGGCUAUCGAUAUUGUGUGCGCUAAGACAGAUCAGGGGGCAGCAGCGGUGGCUUUGUUGCGACGUUGUACAGCUCCGGUGGCGUCGCUAUUGGUGACAGAGAAGGUGACGAAAGCAGUCAUGGCAACGCUGUGUCAAACGUUGCUGAAUCUGAUGAGGUAUGACUCCAUCUGUGUAGACGAUGUCAUGCACUAUUACGUGCAAUGCUUGCGCUCUGUGCGACCUGGUUUGAAAGAAGCUGCAGUCAAUACCGUUCUCGAGUUUCUGGUCUUUGCUGAUGCGCGACAGCGGCGACAGAUCCUGCAGCAUCUAUUCAAUGACCCAAGCGAAACUGCCAAGAACAAGCUUGGAGUAUAUCUGAAAAGCGCCGCGUUCCGGACGACACUUCUCGUUGCCUCUAAAAAAUUAACGCAAACUUGA